AUGGAAGAGAAAGAGGCCUUAACAACACUAACCCUUGGCCCUGCAACUCCAUGCCCACAAGAGAGAGUUUCAACAGAGCUUGGCCUUGCAACUCCAUGCCCACAAGAGAGAAUUUCAACAGAGUUGACUUUGUGGACCACAAAUAAGAAGAGAAAACCAGAGACAGAGUGCCCUGUUCCGAGGAAGAAAACAAACACAAAUUUGCUCUCCUGGCUGAAACCUUGUGACGCUUGGGAAAUCAAGAAGACACUCACGCCUAACGAUCUCGAAAACUUGCUAAUUGUGGAAACCAAUUUUAUCGAGAAUCAGGUCAUGUCUUUCUUGGGUGACACGUUUUCCAAAAGGGUACUUGAGAGCAAGUAUGGCGCCCGGGUCACAGUUCACGACCGCGAUACAUUUUCGAAGCAUCGAAUGGUUUUAAAGCUGCGCGAUUCACCUAGGAGGAGUUACGUUUUGGAUGAAGAUUGGCAGCAGGAGUUUGUGAAGAGGAGAGAAUUGAAAGAGGGUGAUGAGAUUGGAGUUGGCUGGUACACACCCUCAAAUGUUCCUUCCAAAGCCAUGUUCACCUUUUCGGUACUUAAACGGGCAGGCCAACCUGCAGCUCUUCAUGAUCAAGAUUCGGUUUAA